AUGUGCUUCCCACUCAUAUUCACAUACACUUCCCAUUCAUAUUCACAUACACUUCCCACUCAUAUUCACAUACACUUCCCAUUCAUAUUCACAUACACUUCCCAUUCAUAUUCACAUACACUUCCCACUCAUAUUCAUGUACACUUCCUACUCAUAUUCACAUACACUUCCCAUUCAUAUUCACAUACACUUCCCAUUCAUAUUCAUGUACACUUCCCCAUAUUUCACUUCCCAUUCAUAUUCACAUACACUUCCCAUUCAUAUUCACAUACACUUCCCACUCAUAUUCACAUGCACUUCCCAUUCAUAUUCACAUACACUUCCCAUUCAUAUUCACAUACACUUCCCACUCAUAUUCAUGUACACUUCCUACUCAUAUUCACAUUCACUUCAUAUAUGCACUUCAUAUGCAUACACAUUUUCGAAGAAACGCUUUCUUUCUUCUUUUCUGCUUGCUACGUCUUCAUCCGAUUUGCUUUUUAG